AUGGCUUCUAUUGAUCUUAAGAAAACGGAAAAAGACUCAGUUUCACUGUCAGCAAUUCUUGAACUUUUAGAAGGUGACGGGACAGUUGAUAUAUACCAUAAACCCCUACCCCUAGUUAGUGCUACUACCUAUAUAUGCACACAGUGUCAAAGCAGAUUGCCCUCGCCAGAAUAUUGCACGAAAUGCAUUAGAGAUCAUCUAAUAAAUAAUUUUGCCAAUUGGACGUCUGAAAAUAAAGAAAUAGAUAGAAUGCUUCAAACUUGGCAGAUAAAUUUUCCGAUACCAGGUCAUUUUUUUGAAUGGGUGCCAUUUGUAAAUUUUAAUAAUAUUGAAUACAAAACAAGAGGUAGAUAUGGAUCAAUCUAUACUGCUACUUGGGUUAAUGGUCUUAUUAUCGGCUGGAAUGAGAAAACUCAAGAAUUUAUAAGAUUAGGGUCAAAAAAAAUUGUAUUAAAGUUGCUAAAUAAUUCAGACAAUCUAAAUAUUAGAUUUUUUGAAGAGGCAUUAUCUAGCACCGUAUCUCCUACUUUGGCAUCGUGUGGAGUUAAAUGCUAUGGAUUAACAAAAUAUCCAGAUAAUGGAAAAUAUAUGUUAAUUUUAGAAUAUAUGGAGAAUGGGGAUCUUAAUACCUUCAUAUCAAAUAAUGUAUUUAGAUGGGAAGAAGUGUAUAUAAUACUUGGCCAAAUAUUCACUGAACUAUACUAUAUCCAUUUUAGUAACAUAGUGCAUAAAAAUCUUCAUCCUCGAAAUAUAUUAUCCAAUUCAAAAAGAUGGUCUAUUAGCGACUUUGGAUUUAAUGGACCUGCAGAUAACCUGGUCGAUCAUGUAUUCGAAAUCUUGCCUUAUGUUGCUCCAGAAGUACUAUAUUAUAAAAAAUGUACACCAGCAUCAAAUAUAUAUAGCAUAGGGAUAAUAAUGUGGCAACUUGCAACUAGAUGCAAUAAUCCAUACGGAAAUCGCAAAAACGACAUUCAUCUUGCUAUAGACAUCUGUAAUGGUCUCCGUCCACCAAAAAUUUCUGAUGUGCCACCUGAUUAUGAAUAUAUCAUGAGGAAAUGUUUGGAUGCAGAUCCACUACAACGACCAGACGCAUGCGGAUUAUGUCUUUAUUUUAACACAAAAGUUUAUAAAAUUAAUCAUGACAAAUAUGUGUUUCCUAUCUCAAAAAUUAAAAUUUUUUUUUCAGAUGCUUAUUCACUGAGUAAUCAUAAAUGCGAAAAUCUUGAAUUCAAGUAUUUACCAAUACCGAAAAACUCUAUAAAUAUGCAAAGUUCAACGAAUAUUGAUGAUAAAAGACAUACAAUAUCAUACAUAUACCGUGGUGACAUUUAUGAGCAUUUUCUUCAAUAUGAACAAUCAGUUAAAAAUUUAAACAAUAACUUGAAGAUAAAUUAUGAACAUGAAAUUUUUCUUCGUGGAGAAAUUUAUCAUAAAUUAAGUCGAUUUUCGAGUUCGCUUUUAGUUGUAAAUAAUACACUAUUGCUAAACCAACCUAGAGAAUUUCUUAAAAGUUUAAAUAUGGUAUUGGAGUUAGAUCCAAAUAAUAUAUAUGUGAUUGAGUGCCGUG